AUCAAGGAAUAGGCCCUACAGUUGAACUUCACUGUAAACCAAUGAUGUGUUGAUGAGUUCAAUGAAUCCUUCAAUUCCUUUGAGUUUCUUGGCGAACUUACGUCCGAGAAUGAUCCGUUGACGUGUACCUGCAUUGCCAUUUGUGUGUAAACUGUUAAUAGUUAUCUAUUUUCAGACGAAACUCAGUCCCUCACAAGCUUUGGUCGAUUUCGGAGAGAACAUCUCGUCUCGUUUAGCCAAUUCGGGCAUGACUUUGGACAUCCAGUGACGCAGCAAAAAGUAGUGACACUCCAUCCAAUAGAAUGCCCAUCGAGAUACGUAGUGCUGCCCUCUCUCAGGCAGAGAGGACGAUAAAGGAACUGAGAGAGGAAAAUUCAGUUCUGAAAAGGGAACUGAAUGAGACGCAGUCUUUGUACAAACAGCUUGUGAUGGAGAAUGAUAAAGAGACAUUCCAUGAGAGGCGGGUCAUGCUAAUCAAGUCUCAACUCAUACAGAUGGAAAGACAGGUGCUGCUGUUGACAGAGGGCCUUGGUUCUCGAUCCACCACAUUGUUUGAAGUGGAGAACUCCCUGUCCUAUCUUGCUGACACAUGCAGAACAUUCAUUGCUCAAGAAACUCACAGUCCAGAAAUCCCGAUUCAGAGAGCACAGUUAAUCAAGAUGGUUGAAAGCGCCGAGUCAGCUAGAAUUAAACUCUACAAGAAUCUUGAGAACAACACAGCAGAGAACCUUGCCAAACCACUGAUGAUGAUGGAAACAUUUCUAAAACCGAACCAGGAGAAACCUGUCACCAUGUUAGAUGUCUGUAAUGGGAAAACGGAUCAUAUUAAUCUAAAACAAGUAGGAAAGUUAGAAACAAAGUUAGUGGGAGUCUACAAGUGCCUUUCUGCUGUACAGCAUUCCCUUUCAUCUGUGAUGUCCAUCAAGAAUGGCACAGUCCAUUUGUCUAACCACCUCAGCCCGGCAGCGUAUGAGAGAGUCAACGGACAGAUCUCAAAAGCCUGUAGCCAACUGAGGGAAGUGAACAUGGAGCUACUCGAACUCUCCCUACUACUGCCCACAGCCCCUUGGCCUGCUCUUCAAAAGUCACGAAUAAAAGAGAUCACUGCAGAAAAUGUCCUAUCGAAACUUCCAAAGUUUCCUCGCAGCAAACAGUCGGAAGCCAGAAGUCUUGUGGAGAGCCUGUUAAAAGCUAUGAACUAUACUCUGUAUGUCUCCAAUCUUGAGGGUCAAGUGCUCAAAGAUGAGGUGAAGUUCCACCAGACUCUGUAUGACCUUCAGAUUGCCUACAUCAAUGACCUCUUCAAGGUCAUUCAGGAUGGUUAUGCUACAUUCCAAGAUAAUACUCAGGAACUACUGGUUGAUCCUUUACGAGCUGUCAUGAAAGAAUACUGCGAAAUGAAGGAAACUGCCUCAGAAGAUUCCCUCCGAACAUUCCUGACUUCAUUUAAACAGCAUGCCGACGAGAUACAGACAGCAAUUGAAAGUCUCAGCAUUCCCAAGGAGGAGGAGAGCGAGGGAGUUAGAGCAUUGUCGACAUUUGGUGAAGCAUUUCUUAAGAGGCUCGAAGAAGAGGAAGGAUUGUGUCGGGAGAGGCGGGACACUGCCAUUGGGGAGGUUGAAAUGGUGAAGUCACAGCGUGAAGCUUUCAUAGCCGAGCUACAGGCAGAACUCGUGGCAAAGCCAGAGGAGGAGGAACCAGUACAAGAUCCAAAGGCUGAAUACCAGAAAAUAAUAGACGAAGAUACCGCAGAAGGUGUUGCAACGAAUUCUCCUAGUAUUGCUCAAGAUACAUCACCUGAAAGCAAUAGCAAUCAUGAUGAUGACUGUUCAUGUGGUGGGAAAAAGGUCGGUCCUCUUGCAAGGCGUUCCAGACAGAAGGUGGCAGAUUUAGCGAAAGGUUCACCAAAAUGCUGCGAUGAUAAAACUGAUGAGAAGACUGUAAAAAGAGAGAAGGAGAACAUUGCGACUCUGAGUGGUGAUAAGACUACAACACCAAGUAGGCCUACCCCGAGUAAAAUGGGCCUUCCCAAACCCGUGCGUAGAAGUGGCAUUCCAGUUGACAGGACGCCCUCUCGCACACCGGUUCCAAAGAAGACUCCUGCAAGCAGUAUGAACAGAUCAAGGUCAGGAAGCCUGACAAGGUCAAAGUCAGGCAGUAGAGAAAAUCUGUUGAGUACUCCUGGGACUCCUAGUUCUCCAAACUCUACUCGGGCGAGUUUGGCUGCGGGGAACCAUAAGGUUGUUCCAGGUAUUCCGAUGAGGUCUCUCAAUUUGAAACGCGAUGGUUGAUUGAGCGUGAAGAAGGCAUGCAUACUUUAUAUUGAAAUCGUUUUUAUAAAUGAGAUUGAAGACAUUAUGUGACCUGCUGCCAAAUUCUGAUAUAACCUGAAGUCGCAAAUGGGUUUCUUCAAGCAGUGGGCAUCUGUCCUAUUCUCAAUUUUCUAGGUCGCUAUUUUGGCGGCAAAUAAUUUUAGUUGUUCGUCAUGAUGGCAACUAUAUUUUACAGGAUAUACAUGUAUGUAAAUGUAUACAGAUAGUGGUCCAUUUAUGCAUGUGAUCUUUUUACCGGUAAUUGUCAUGGGCCUGAUAUAUUGGAGAAUAUUUCCAUGCAUGUAUUUGUUAUGCAAACACAAAUGUAGGCCUGCCUUCGAUGGGUAAAUGAAUAAAAUAGGCAUUGAAGAUACUUUGUGAAUCUGUGCUAGCUUCCUCCAUUAACAUGCACAAACAGCAUUUUGAUUCCAUUCCAUUACAAAUAGUAUCAUAUCUACCUCAUUCAAACUACGUCAUUAAUCCUGCGAGCACAUUCGGUUGAGAUUGUUUGAAGAUGCUCUGUUUUAAUGGGUGUGUUUUAAAGACCUACAUCAUUCCUUCACUGAUCUUUACUUCGUAUUUUAUAGAUAAUUUACCUGUCAGUGGGCUAUUCUCGUGUCAUUUUCUAUGUGUAUGUACAAUAAACAGUGUAUAGCGAGCCGUGUAACACAUGUAAGUUUGUGGCAGUAAGCAAAGGCUUAUUUGUUGUACCCGGUACAUGUAUUCUAUACUAUUUAGAUUGUCCUCAACAUGCAUCUUGGCAUUGGCUCAUUUAGUACAAGUACCUGCUCAUUGGAAUGUCUUUAACACAAAUGUUGUAAGGAAUUUUAUGUGUUGUAAAUUGAUUGGUUUCCCUUUGUAUAAAUAUCCUUCUUUUUGAUGGAUUUAUGUCAAUUUUCCAUCCAAAUAAUCAAUCGGACAAUCAUGUUCAUCCUGUGGAACAACGUAGGCAGCAACCGAGACAGCCUGUUGUCGCUCUGGUAUUGAGGACCAGAAUAUUUUCAAAUCUUGGGAACCACUAUAACAUAUGGAAUUCAGAGUCAUUUUCAAGGUACUCAUCUGUACAUACUAUGUACGUUGAAUAAAAUUGGUGAGAGAAACUGGAAAAUACAUAUACAUGUAAUGUAUGUGAAAACAUGUACCGUAUGUGAAUCGUUGAUAGUGUGCAUGCCGUAUGUGAAUACAUGUACAUGUAUGUGAAUCUUUGAUAUUGUAAAAUAAAUGUGCAUGCCGUUGUGAUAUUAUAAAAAGGUAGCUGGUCUUCCUUAAAUGAAUCGUGUUCAUGUAUUGUACAUACUGUAUAGUCCUGUGUUCAAGUGAUGGUUUAUAGGUGGCGCUAGUCAUCGUUUGUUGCACUGACAACAAAUACAUAUUCCAUGAAAGUACGAUGGAAGUGGGUUUAGCUCUUAAUCAGCUAGGUCAUUUUCUCACUGCAGUCACUGGAAUAUUACACUUGGCCUUCGCAGUUUGGCCUAGUGCGAUAAGCAUCUUUUGAUAGUAUGACCAUUUUCCCACCAACUGCUCUAGCAGUAAUUUGAAUUAGCAAACACUAUUUGGGCUGGUGUAGUUUUCCAUCAGUAAUGACUGCAGCUGAAAUACAGGUUGUUAAAAAAAUAUUUGCUCAAAUUCCCUAUUUUACUCUUGUUCAGCAAAACCUCUCCGAUACUAAAUGAUACUCAAUAGUCAAUUAUUAUUGUGUAAAUGAUUAUGUACCAGAAACAUCAAUAAAUACUUGAAUUAAAACUA